AGAGACUGAACAGAAGCAAGGCAAAAACAAGACAUAUAUCAAUAGUCUACAGACUCCGCCUUGCUUUCGUUCUCUCACGCCUUUUCUGCUUUACUUUGACCGUCACCUUUUUUUGAUGACGUAUUUCUUAUAUAUUCCCUGGUGUUAACUUUACUUUUUUUUAUUUGCCCACCCAGUUCACCAUCUACUCGUCCCCGAGUGUCGUGUGCGUGCUUCCACAUGGCCUCAGUAGACCGCCACUCCACAAUGCCAGCGUCUUCAUCCUCCUCCGCGCAGCCGCGACGCUCGCCCUCGCCUUCCAGGUCAAAAGACCGACAUCGUGAUGAUUCAAGCAGACAUGACCACCACCGCAGCCGCUCGCCUGCGCGUCAUAGCACCCAUCGCGAGCGUGACAGAGAUUACAGAGACAGACGCUCAGAUCGACCUCACGAGCCCGAGCGCGAGCGCGAGCGCGACCGCUCUCGCAGCGGGGUCUACGACGCAGACAGAUAUGAGCGCCGCGAAAGAGCGCGAGAUAGAGAAGACUAUGAUUCGUAUUCCCGCCGACGCCAUCACGAUGAUCUAGAUCGUCACGGCAGCAGGCACCGGCAUUCCUCUUCUUCGCGCUCGGAUAGACCGCAGCAGCGCGAUCAUUCUCGCGAGUCUUAUGGUCAUCGCGAUGCGCGCAGUGGUGCUCACAGCAGUGCUCACAGCAGUGCCCACAGCAUUGCUCACAGCAGACGGGAACGCACGCCACCAUCUAGAGCUCAGUCUGCUCGCCGACCGCAUGAAGCUGAAGAGAGAUCUUCAACUCAAUCUGAUGCGGCCGUGAAGUCGUCGGAUGUCAAAUCAGAUGCCAAAACCUCUCCAAGUGUCACCAAACGGUCACUGGUAGGUGAUGAUGAUGAAGAUAUAGAUGGAGAUGAUAACGACAGAAGCAAUCUGGUAGUCACCGAUACUACAAACAAAAAGCCACGGCUAGCUCCUGCUUCAAAGAUUGUAUUCAAGCCUCUGCAAAAGAUCAACAUCAGCAACGAGUUGCCGCCUUCAGAACCACUUGUCCCAGCACGCGCAGAAAAUGGCUCUCCAGUGAAGAAGAUACAGAAGGGGUUUGCAGUUAUAGCAAAGCGGACUGUGGGUGGAGAGAGCAGAGAUGAGGUGGAAAGGAUGAGUGAGACUCUGUCGCCCAAGGAACGCGAGGCCACGCCAGAAGUCGUCGCUGACUCUCCGAAACCUGGUUCUCAAGCUGCUUCACCAGAGGUCGUGCCAGCGAAUAUGCAAUCCGACUCUGAAAUCACCCAGAAUGAAAACGAAAAAGCAGAGGAGAAGGAAGCAGAGAGAAAACAAACUCGCAGCCCAGAGCCACCUGAGGCUCCAACGGAACCGCAGCAGGCUCCAGCGCAGGAACCGCUCAUCUCAGACCCUGCUGAUAUCGCCGAAGACGACGAAGAUGACGACGACGACAUGUUUGCCGAGGCAGGCGAUAAUCAGAACAUUGGGAAAUCAACCAAACGUUCGAUCCCCGUACUUGUGCACGCGGGAAAAGAAGGCGAGGCCACGUUACAGUCAAACUGGGACGACGACGAAGGCUACUACCGAAUCAUCAUUGGCGAGAUCUUUGAAGGUCGGUAUCAUAUUCAAUCGAAUCUGGGGAAGGGGAUGUUUUCUUCUGUCGUCAAAGCGUUUGAUAAGGUUGAGAAUCGAUCGGUUGCGAUCAAGAUUAUCAGAAAUAACGACAUCAUGUUCAAGGCAGGUCAAAAGGAGUCAGGUAUUCUCACCAAAGUGAAUCAAUCAGACCCAGAUGAUAAAAUGCACAUAAUUAGACUCAUUCGCAAAUUUCAGUACCGGGGACAUUUAUGCUUAGUCUUUGAGGGCAUGAGCUCUGACAUGCGUGAGCUUGUCAAAAAAGUAGGUCGAGAAUCGAGCGUGAACAUUGGACAGAUUCAAUCAUACGCCAAGCAGAUAUUCCUCGGUCUCGAGCAUCUACGAAGCAACAACAUCCUGCACGCGGACAUCAAGCCCGACAACAUUCUCGUAAGUGCCGACCGGAAGACAGUGAAGAUUGCAGACUUGGGCUCGGCGUCGGACGCGUCCGAGAACGAGAUCACGCCGUACCUUGCCUCGAGAUUCUACCGCGCGCCAGAGCUGAUUGUCGGGCUGCAAUACGACUUUGCGAUCGAUACGUGGUCGGCCGGGUGUACUCUGUUUGAGCUUUACACGGGCAAGAUCUUGUUUGCGGGAAACAACAACAACAACAUGCUGAAAGUGAUUAUGGAAACGCGGGGCAAGCUCUCGCACAAGAUGCUCCGCAAGGGCUUGUUCACAUCCACGCAUUUCGACGAGCACCUCAAUUUCCUCUCGCGGGAGAUCGACAGGCUGACGGGCAAGCCGACGGUGAAGGUGAUGCCGUUUGCGGGCAGCAAGCCGGUGCAUGACAUCCGCGCGCGCGUGCUCGAAGUGAAGAACACGAGCGGCAGCACGGCAGAGUCGCAGAGACUGGUUGCGCUGUUUGUAGAUUUUCUGGACAAGUGCUUGAAUCUGACGCCCGAGAAGCGGAUGACGCCGGCGGAGGCGUUGAAGCAUCCGUUCCUGAGCAGCGCGUGAGAAGAGAAAGCUUGGCUGUAUUAUAUGGAUAAACUGUUGCUUAUUGCUCUGCUAUUAGCUUGUACGUAGUUAGUGAACCGACACAAAUAAUUAAUGCAUAUUUAAGGUUUCCCUGUACGCCUAGA